CAGAGCAUUACUUCAGAAAUUCUCUAAUAUUUACCAAUGGCAGAAUAAGAGACUUCAGUUCUGAAAUGGAGAGUCUACCCCUGGUCCCAGGGUACACUUUUCGUGACCCUACCAUCCAGGAUUAUAAAUUAAAGCAAAAGUUCGGUUAUUUUAAUGGAUUCCGUGUAGUACGUGACGGUAAUAUCGGUAUAGGGCGGAGACUUAUUGACACUGCCUCGAGUGCUUUUUCCGGUCAUCCAGAUCCUGUAGAGUACGAUCCUUCGUUGACUUAUGGUCGAGUAAGAGAGUAUGGGUAUCCACAAGCUAUACCAAAUUAUGUACUCUUUGCACAAAAAUGCUUGAACUUCAAAGGUUUCUUUCGUCAAGGUGUAUUUAAUUCACCAAACGAGCAUUUCCGGAUAAGGCAUGUCAACAUAAUCUACUUUUUGGAAGAUGACACAAUGUCAGUAAUGGAGCGACCGGUUGAUAAUUCCGGAUUACAACAAGGUCGACUUGUUAGACGAGGAAAAAUAUUGAAAAAUACCAAAGGAGAUGCAUAUACCUGGAAGGAUCUAAAUGUCGGCAUAAACUUGAGUAUAUAUGGUGUAGUGUACCACACAGUCGACUGUGACACGUUCACCAGAGAAUUUUUGUGCAGUCAAGGUAUAGAUGUUGGGGACAAAGAAGAAGCGCCGCCAGAUCCAUAUACUCAAUUGCGUCAAUCUAAGAGCAAAGCCCCAUCUCGUCUAACUCCUGUGUCAGACGAUAGUCGAAGACGGUUCCUGGAAUACGACACGAUGGUUCUUAAAUUUGAAGCAACCUGGAAUAAUGAUUACUAUCAGAUCUUAUACUUUCUUACUGAUGACACAAUAGCUAUUCGUGAAAUUCAUCAAUUGAAUGAUGGCAAAGAUCCAACAACGAUGCUUUUAAAGAGAACCAAAGUACCCAAAAACUGGAAAGGCAUGCCAUCGACAUAUCCAUCAAUUUAUAUGGAAUGCGGCGAUCCAGAAGUUACAGAAUAUUAUACACCUACAGAUCUCAGGAUAGGUGACACUAUAUUUAUUUUUGGACGAAGGUUUUUCCUCUUUGAUUGUGAUCCGUUCACAAGAAAAUAUUAUUCCGGUAUGCUUGGAUUGGUUCAGCCUGAAAAAAUUCAACCACCUACCGAAGAGCCAAAAACUUUACCUGAAUAUGUACCUCCUCCACAUAUCAAAUUUGGUACUCCGGAGGACACAUUAGCUGGAUGCUUAAGCAUGCUCCCCAAGUCACCUAAAAAGGAUGUAAUUCGUCAAAUUUUCAACUUUCCUAAAAAACUUCGUUACUCAAUGAAAAUGGAUGCUGUGCACCCCGAAGAUGAGAAUCGCGAUUUUAUUCUCGAGUACAAUUUGAAUGACGGUAGUAUGCAGAUAUCAGAACCAGAAAAACGCAAUUCAGGUCGUCGAGGUGGUACUUUUCUUAGUACAAUGCUUGUUCCUAAGCCAGGCACAAAUAGAGACAAUCCGCUUUACUAUACCCCCGAGGAUUUUUACAUUGGAGCCAAGAUCAAUUGUUUCAAUCAUCGAUUCGUUAUAAAUGGAGCUGAUUUAUACGUAUAUCGUUAUAUUAAAGCAAAUCCAGAGAAAUUCUGUGAAGAGCUGCGAGAUAAUAUGAGAAAUUAUUUUGUGCGUCAAGGACUUAUUCAAGAUGAAAUAGAUUCUACCUCCAAGAGAAUCCAAGAGGAAGCUGAUAGAAAGCGAGAUUUGGAUACAACUAUCGGAAGCCCAUUCAAAGAUAAUUUUGAUACAGCACCUUGCGUCAAACAGUUUGCGGAACAAGCUCUGCAUAAAUAUGAAGGGGAACAUGGAGAAUAUCGACCACCUACCCCACCUCCAGAAGAAUUAUGCCCUGGGUUGACAAAAGUUGAAGAACCUCUACCUCUUGAAAACUACUGUCCACUUCAGAAGCAAGAAAAAUCUAAACAAGUUCUCACUCAAACUAAAAAACAACUUAAAUGGGCUGACCAGAUUCAUAGGGACAAGGGGGGACAUCCAAUAAUCUCAUGUCAGAAAGAAUUACCUGAGUGUAAGACCCACAUUGCGCAAGAGUGUGUUCCACCACAUUAUUUUAAAGAUCGUGAUCGAAGGUUUGAGGUGGGUCAAUUGAUGUAUGAGAAGGCUAGCAGUCCUGCGAAACCUGAUAUUCCACCAUCUCAACCACUUUUCAACAGAGAGACAGGAGAGCGAACCAUCACAAUGCUUCAUGACAAAUGUAGAGGACCAUACCCACACGUAUAAAUCAGCUCUCUGUAUAUUUGCCGAACAAAUGGAUGAUGUAGAAUCAAUCCCGAAUGCAACGGAAAUUAUAAACUAUCUUAAAUACUUUUAAUUAUUCAUUUCCCGCAUCGAUGAAUGCUGUUCAUAUUUUUUAGCAGUGAUUUUAUAAUGAAGAACACUAAAUAUUUCAUAUGUCAACAAAGUCCAAAGGCAAUGACAUUCUACUGAUUGAAAAUAUUUCACUAGAAAUACCUUAAUAGGUAGUAAUGAGUAGAUAAGUUUUAAUUGGAAAAUUCUAGAAUUGAGGAUGGAUGGUGCUUGUCGGCAAAAGCCAAAAAUGAGAACCGAUUAUGUUAACAAUAAGAAUCAUCUCUCAUGAAAUUCUUAUCAAAUAGUACAAUCAUAAUCCACGUUACAAUAUAGUAACAGUAAUAUUAUUUCAUCUGCUUGUAUAAUAAUAUUGAAUCAUUUGCUGCGGUCCACGACUAAUAUUAUAUAAUAGGUAAUAUAUAUAAUUCGCAAUAGAUAAUAGAAUAUUUUUAAAAUAACCAGCUGACAAUUAGUUGUUAUUAUCCAUUGAUUGGGCAUGAUUACAUAGAAAACAUAAAACCUCGUGGGAAGCCUCCACAUAAUAUUUUUUUAAAUCCAUUUAAGAAGGGAGGGCUUUCUUUUUCAGUUGCAGGCACCAGAUUAUAAUGUUCAUUGCAGUUUGAAAAGAUAAUUCAAACCGGCACUUGCUUAAACUAUCGUCCUUUCUU